GCGUGGCACCAUUCUUCUAGAAGGUUUCUACCAAAGUGCCCAUGGCGAGCCCAAUGGCAACCAAUCGAACUCCAGUUUCGUCCCCGCUUCUGUUUCGAGCCUCCUUCCCUUCUCCUCCUACCCCACCUCCUUCUUUUCCCUUUCAAUUCCCGGCGCGAACACAGAAGAGGAGGGCAUUGGGUUUAACGAUUAGAGCCGAGACGAUGGCGACGGAGAAGCUGGGGAUCAAGGUGGAGAGGAACCCUCCCGAAUCCAAGCUCGCCGAGCUCGGUGUCCGUCAAUGGCCCAAGUGGGGAUGUGCUCCAAGUAAAUUCCCAUGGACAUACACCGCAAAGGAGACAUGCUAUCUACUGGAGGGAAAGGUGAAAGUUUACCCUGAUGGGCAUGGUGAUGAGUUUGUGGAGAUUGGUGCAGGUGAUCUAGUGGAGUUCCCUAAAGGCAUGAAGUGCACCUGGAAUGUCUCUGUUGCUGUGGAUAAGCACUACAAUUUUGAAUAAAAACUUGGAAUGAUAAACUAGCAACCUUUUUUGUGAACUAACAUCUGUGUGAAAACUGGGAUUGCUCUGCAUGUUUUGGGGGAUGCCCAUGGUUUGCAGACCCUAUUGACUGAUAUAAUUAGUAGUGCUUUAAGUGCAGAGAUGGUCUUGAAGUGGUUAAUUCUAUCAUAAGGUUGUUCAUCUCAUCCCUCUGAUCUACUGCUCCUGUCAGCUGUGCAUGCCUGUGACAUUAUUCUGAGAGCAGUAUCAUGCAGGAUGGUUAUUCA